AUGGCAAAUAAAAUAUUAAUUUUAUUUUUAGAAAACAUAUCAAAAGAAUUACAUGAUCUCGCUAAACAAUUACGAAAAGCUCGAGAAGAUGAUGAUUUUAUUGAAACUGAUCUUUGUAUAUGGACGGACAUAUUAGAAAAACCGAAACAUGAUGCUUAUAAAGUUUUAUCUUCGAUGACUGUUAGUGAAGAUCCUACAAAAGUACUGGUAGCUAAAAUAUUUAUUUCUUCAAAUGUAUCAUAA